AUGGCGCUGCUCCUGCUGCUUCAGAUCCUCCUCGCCGCCGCUGCGGCUCCGGCGGCGAGGGCGUGGGGCGUGGAGGGCCACUACAUGACCUGCAAGAUCGCCGAGGGUUUGCUGACGAGCGAGGCGACGGAGGUGGUCAAGGGGCUCCUGCCGGAGUGGACCAACGGCGAGCUCGCGAAGACAACCUGGGACUGCUACGGCCCGGAAGGGGAGAAGGACAUGCGCGUCGUUGGAGGCAUCAACAACUACACCGCCGCGCUGCAGGACUCCUCAAGCCCAUAUAAUCAGACGGAGAGCCUGAUGUUCCUGGCGCACUUCCUAGGCGACGUCCACCAGCCCAUGCACUGCGGCCGCACCGCCGACCGCGGCGGCAACGACAUACCCGUCACCUGGUACAGCAUAGCCAUCACCGACCUUCACAAGGUGUGGGAUGACAAGGUCAUCCAGACGGCCAUGAACAAGUUCUAUCAGGACGACCUGAGCACCAUGAUCGACGCCAUCAAGCUCAACCUGACUGAGAAUUGGUCCACCGAGGAGAACCAGUGGGUGGCGUGCAGUACCCAGACAACAACUUGUGCUGACAAGUACGCCGAGGAGAGCGCGGAGCUGUCGUGCCCGGCAUACGUGGGUGUUGAGCCACACUCCAACUUAGAAGAUAAAUAUUUCUACUCGGCGAUGCCGAUUGUUGAGAAGAGGAUUGCCCAGGGAGGCGUCAGGCUGGCGGCCAUCCUCAACCGCAUCUUCAGCAGGAAGAACGGCAGCAGGCUGCAGAGCCUUUGAAGUCUGACAGAAAUUAAGCAAGCAAGACAGGGACUGGCCGGCGUUAGCUACCAACUAGUCGCAGAAUACAAGAUUUUUAAAAUCACACGUAUGACUUUCUUGGCCAUGUAUGUUAGCUUCAUCAAAUCAAUCAAAUCACAAAUCA